CUGUUUUGCUCGACGUCGUUCUCAAUUGCCAGUCUUCUGCCGUUGGGCACUCUCUCCCCUUCUCUUCCUUCUCUCCUCCUCCCCUUUCCAUAUAUUCCGACCACCCACCUCUUCUCCUUGUUUGUGCAGUGAUCCACCUGGAAUUGUCUCUGAAUCAUUCUCGGCGGUCGACCUACCCAACGUUCGCCAAUCGCUGUGGAAAACGCGCGUUCCGUCGCCCUUCAUGUAUAGGGCAGCCUCAAAAUGACUGAAACAAGCCCUCCGCCAGAAGCGCAACGCUUCGGCAGAUCUCAGACACCCGAAAGUCCGCGGCCCGUUCAUAUUCCUGAGCCUUCCAACAUUCCUGUCCUGCUGAACCAGAUGGACCCGGUCUUUAAUGACACUGCGACCUAUAACAUCCCACAUAAUCAGACUCUUUCUCCUUACUCAGACUCUGCUCGCGGCGUGCAUGAACCCAAUUCCGAAGAGCAAGAUGCUGUGCAGAACUUCCUGCGAGGCGCCGAAGAGGAGAAUGCCCGCUUAGAGCGUGGUGGCGCGCAGUUGCCAGACACAGGCGGCCAGACGGCGCAAAAUGAUGCGACCAUAGCAAGCAAUCUUCUUUCGGCCCUUGCCAGUCAUUCCGCGCAUCAAGCUCUUGAGUCACAUGCAAACGCUUCCCAAGCUGCUCCUGGCCAGACCCAUUCUGAUGUCCCGCAGCCUGGCAAUGAAUCCUCAAUCAGUGAAGCUAAUGCCAACCCAAGCCAUGGAGAAUCCUCCCUUCAAUCACAUGGUGAACAAAAUCCCGAACAAGAACCCAGCGUGAAUCCCAAUACUCAAUCAAAUACAGGUGGAGUAGAUUAUCAAUCGCUACUGGACACUAUUUCUCAAGCUGCUUCUACUGCUCCUCCCGCGGACUCUGUUUCUGCUCCAGCCACUGCUCCGCCGGCUGCCGACCAUGGUUCUUCCCUUUCAUUGCCUCCAAUCCCAGGUCUGCCCCCAAAGCCGCCGGUGCAGGCGAGUCUUCCAGAAUCUCCUGAUUACUACACGCUUCCUAACUCCAAAAGCGACGUGCGGGAACAAUAUCAGUCUGUGAAUCGCGAUGCUCUCAAGACCAACGGCGCGGAGCCUGCCAUGCCCACGCAGGUGCAAUCCAUGAUCCAAAAUUAUCCUGCCCAUGCCCCAGGGACCUGGGAACAGAACACUGCACUUGUGCCCCCCACCAAUCCAGAAGCCGGCUUUGUUGGUCACCCGAUCCAGCCGCCGGAGCCUUCAGGGUCGACGGAAUCCACUGAACGCCCAUGGAGCCCUAGAACUCAAACGUUGUAUGACCAGUUCCUGGAGGAUGAGAGGAGAUAUGUGACGGAAGGCAUCUGGGACAGAUUUCCUUUGGGUUCUCGCUUGUUUGUUGGGAACCUUGCUUCCGAAAAGGUGACUAAACGCGAUCUUUUUCACGUUUUUCACAAGCAUGGCCGCCUGGCCCAAAUCUCCAUCAAACAAGCUUAUGGCUUUGUCCAGUAUCUAGAGGCCUCAUCAUGUCAAGCCGCGCUCCAAGCGGAACAGGGUUCGGAAAUCCGCGGACGGAAGAUUCACCUGGAGGUUUCGAAGCCCCAGAAGAAUACGCGAAACCAAGCCCAAGGAAAUAAACGACGACGUUCGCGCUCGCCAGACCGCGGAACUGCGCGACAGCAUGAUCGCUAUGGUCGGCAUGACUUUCGUGACGACAGAAACAGACGCGACUAUCGGUCAACUCGCUCUCCCUCGCCCAGGCAUUUUCGUGGUCGAGAUGAUUACCGCGGAAACGCGCAAAGCCCCAGAUUCGCCCCCGACGGAAGACAGGGUUCACCAUAUGCCAGUACAUUUCCAGCAGCACCUCCUGUGGCGUACGAUGAUGAGGCUACCCUGCCACUGCCGCGCAGAGAUCCACGAGAAGUGCCGGACGUACAGAUCUUGGUCCUCGAGCCUUCGGUCGCGCAGAGUUUUAUCAAUUGGAUAGAGCAAGGGUUUCGGGCCAAGGGGUUACGCGCAUCAACCAUCUGGCUCAGUCCGCGACUUCCGUUGGCUGCUGUUGUCAAAAGACAGAUCAUUGAAGGCGUCCAAGCCGUCGUGAAGCUGACCCAGAGCAACCAAUACAACAGCAAGAUUCCUUUGCAAGUAUUUGACCGGACCACCGGGGCCUCGAAUGUCAACUUCAACGAAUACGUUGAUCUUGAUGUCCCCGUCGCCGCCGACAUUGUGCUUCACGCACGACAGAAGGAGCGAGGCAUGCUACCGCCUCCUCCUCAAAACUUCCCGCCUCCGCCAAACUAUCCUCAGCUACCAUACGGUAAUCAGCCGCCGCCUCAAUAUCCACCUCAAGCACAUCCGCCAUACGGACCAGCACACCACAGCCCGCCUCAGCUCCAGUAUGGACAGCAGCCUCACUAUCAACCCCCGUUACAAACACCAGUACCUCCGGCCACUGCAGCACCCAAUCUGCAGCAGCUGCUGGCGAAUCUCCGUCAACCCGGAGACCCGCAUGGCAGCACCACCGAAGCGGAGCGAAAUACGGCUAAUCUUGCAUCCCUUCUCGGUCGUCAACCCGGACCGGGGCAAGCCGGGGCGUACCCUCCACCGGCCGCUGGCGCUCCGCAAUAUCCGGUCCCGCCACUGCAGCAGCAGCAGCAGCCGGCGCCAGCGUACGGCAGCGUUCCAGCUUAUGGAUCUGGACAGCCGCCACAGCAAAAUGUGCAGAACAUCAUGGAGACCCUCGCCAGGUACAAUAGGUGAUGAUGUUGUUGUUGAAUGUUCACACUGUGUAUGUUGCAUCAGAUGCAGCAUACACUAGAUCGAUCGACAAAACUUCAAAGUGUUAUGCAUCGCCAGGCUCAACAGAUGCAGACAGAGCCUUGAGGUCAAUCAUGCAGUGGCUUUGUGGGUCGGGCUUUCAAAUCACGAGAGAGAGAGACCCCCCUGAAACUGAAAGAGUAAUAGAAGACAUGACCUUGUCCACCUGCAGUCAGUCAGCACUGGACGUUCGAAUGUUCGGGGAAGCAUGCCUGCAGGCGCUGUGGACACUCGGACAACACAGGCCCUGUGAACUUAUGUAAGAGUCUAGACAGACGAAGAUCAGCUAUGUACCUAGGUAGCUAGGUAACUAGGUAGCUAGGUACCUUAGUCAGGAGAUAGCUGGGUAAGGCACUGUAGCUAGACCUCAUGCCAGGUAGUCCCAAAACCAGGAACGCUGAGCACUGGCACUGGCAGCCUCAAAAGUCGCAUCUCUGGUGUACAAACAACUCAGUUACCUACCUAGGGUACUACCUAUUAGAUUGGUUCGAAUGUCUCGUCUCCCAACCUGAGUGGUGUGGCCACGGCCUAAGCACUUGGACUAUGUAUCUAGACUGCAGUCCAGGGUAGUGCCGAAUAUGUCGUCGUCCUUUACGACUGAAGAUACCUUAUGUACAGUCCCCUCUCCACAGGACCGACGAAAAAGUGGACAUAACAUAUACGUGUGUGCGUCUGAUGUCUAUUUGCAUGGCGAAUACUAGUAUCC